GCAAAGAAGAAUCUGGUCCACUCGCCCCGUCUAAAGCCUUUGGGCCUGCGGCACAGCACGUUUCCCACGCUUCUUCGUCAGGAAGAAUCUGCGGAAAAUAAAUAAAUUGGAGAACGUUGGAUUUCUCGGGAAAUGGCGUCGUUCGCCGAAGCUCCACCCGGAGAUGCAAAGACCGGAGAGAAAAUCUUCAAGACCAAGUGCGCCCAGUGCCAUACUGUCGAGAAAGGCGCCGGUCACAAGCAGGGACCUAAUCUGAAUGGACUUUUCGGGAGGCAGUCUGGUACAGGUGCUGGAUACUCAUACUCUGCUGCUAACAAGAACAUGGCUGUGAUUUGGGAGGAAAAGACCUUGUAUGAUUACUUGUUGAACCCCAAGAAGUACAUUCCCGGAACUAAGAUGGUGUUCCCUGGUCUGAAGAAGCCACAGGACCGUGCUGAUCUCAUUGCAUAUUUGAAGCAAUCGACUGCUUAAACCUUUGCAUUUUCCUAGUCCUCGAUUCCCAUUUUGCAGUAUAUGGAGGUGGUAACUUCACACAAGGCGGAUAGUACUAUUUUUUUGCCAAUAAAUCUUAAAAGGGCCGUUCGGGUCUGCAAUUCUUGUUUGCAUGUCUAGCUUGCUUUUUGUGUUUGUAGGAAGAGGUUGCUGUAAUUGGCAACGCAACAUUCAAUUCAAUUUAGAAGCUGUGACUAUAUCCUGUGAAUUUGGCCAAAAUGCCAGUUUUCCUGAUGAUAAAUUUACUGCUACAUUCGUAAAGUGUGUAGCAACAACUUAUAAUGGUCGCUA